GUUCAUCUGUUGCGGCUUGUCCACAAAUCUCACUACUAUCAGCACAGCCAACCCUGCCUUGUGUCCAUCUGUUCUCUGUCUCCUUACUCCGUACUCCCUAAGUUUCUGCAGAGGACCGCCAACAGGUUCUUAUUCUCUGCCUCCCUCCGUCUUUAUCUCGCGGUCCACGGCUCGGAGAUCCUGCGCUUCUUCAACAAGCGCCCCGACUGCUGGUGCAGACCCACCCUACUCUCCCUUGGCUGCGAUCCUGGUCGCAGCUUCCAUCCAUAGUCAGAUUUAUACAGCAGUGCACCGGAUCUUUCUGUCCUUUUGGACCUACCUGCACUAAACUUGCACCGUUGUGACACUCUUGGGCAUAGUAGAACCUACUUCUAUCAUGUCAAUCAGCGGACCGUGUGUCUGGUUGUCCUCGUUGUCGCCACCUUCGACUUCCCAUUUGCCCGCCAUAACGAAUCAUUGGUCGACAGCUUCCUGGAACAGUGAGCAGCCAUCGUCAAGACCGAGGGCCCUGCCGUCCAGGCUGCCCGGGUCGUGGGAAAAGGAGGGCGAGCCAACAAAGCCGUCUACCACCGGUAUGCAACCACUUGUGCUCAAGGCUGAGAAUGCCUUCACAGCUGCGGCUCCGUCGAAUGUAUCGAGCCCGGUACAGCAGCGUUCUACAGGGCCUGCUUCCGUCGACAAUCGUGAGAAUCGGCACACAGAGCCAGAGGGCGAUGCUUCACGUGUGAAGGUGGAGAAGCACGGUCACGACGAACUUCAGCUCCCAAGGCCCCAAAAGACAGCCAGUCCCCAAGUCACAACCCAGAAGACGCCGGAGCAGAAGGACAGGGAAGCUGCAUUACAGCAUGAAAAGGAGAAGGAUGAUGGUGACGCCGACAUGCUCUCCUCCGAUGAUGGGGCAGGGUCGUCAGUAGGCGGUGACAAGAAGCAGUCAUCAGAUUCGAAAAGUGAAAAGAAAAAGAUGAAGCGCUUUCGACUCACUCACAACCAAACUCGAUUUUUGAUGAGUGAAUUCACACGUCAGGCUCAUCCCGAUGCCGCCCAUCGGGAGCGACUGUCGAAAGAGAUCCCCGGUUUGACUCCACGGCAAGUCCAGGUGUGGUUCCAGAAUAGACGUGCCAAACUCAAGCGGCUUACAAGCAACGACCGAGAGCGUAUCCUGAAAUCUCGAGCGUUGCCCGACGAUUUCGAUACCACUCAAGUGCUACGCACUCCGUUCGACCAUAAAACACCAGCAGAGGCACCAAUGUUACUCACAGAUGGCCUGCCCCGACUAAAUGAUGAUGACUAUGUUAUAUCCCCUCUGAGCUCGGCUUCAACAACAAAUGGUUUCUCGGCGGCUGCAGACAGGCAUUUCGAAAGUUAUGCUCAACCUGGAGUCAUGCCCGGGAGAGGAGGCCCUGCACUGUCAGACCUCCACAGACAUAAUCGCAGUGCUUUCCCAUUUCCCAGAUCGAGCAGCUUUUCUGAGUCCUCCUUCAAUAGCGGACUCAACUUUCCUGGGCGCUUUUCGAGGCCUGGAGUGGAGCCAUUGAGCCAUCCCAGCAUGGCCUAUGGUCGCCGUCCGGUAGACUACGCAUUGGGUCGGCCAGCUAACGGCAUGGUCGUUGGAUACGAUCACCAGCGGGCGUUAGAGGGCUCCGUAUCACCCACGGGUCCACCCGAUCAGUCAAUCCACUACAAUGUGGACAGUCACAACCAGCAAAUACCUAACUAUCAUUCUUCAUUGGCCAUGCCAGCUCCCAAGGGGUAUGGUGGCAUGGAAAUAAACUCUCAUUUACAACAGCAUGGACGGCAGAUGCCUGCCCUACAAUCCGUGCCAGUCUCAGACGCGCCUGACUACCGGUCCUACUCAUACGACCAUCAUUCAUACGGCAUCAGCCACGCGAUGCCAUACUCGCAAGCCAAUGCUUCCAGCAUGAGUCUUCCCGCCUCAUUUCCUUCCGAUACCGCUCAGGGGGCCGUUACGACCUCCGCCGAAGACCGAAUGAACCAUCCUCCACAGCUGAUCGACCCAGCCAGGGCCAAGUUUGGCGGCCAAACCUUUGAAUACGCAAACUACCUAUAAUGCAGGGUUUCUGUGGAAAUGGAAGCCCCAUAUU